AUGGGCAGCGGGGCCAGUGCCGAGGACAAGGAGAUGGCCAAGAGGUCCAAGGAGCUGGAGAAGAAGCUCCAGGAGGAUGCGGACAAGGAGGCGAAGACGGUCAAGCUGCUGCUGCUGGGAGCCGGAGAGUCGGGCAAGAGCACCAUCGUGAAGCAGAUGAAGAUCAUCCACCAGGACGGCUACACCAAGGAGGAGUGCAUGGAGUUCAAGGCCGUCAUCUACGGCAACAUCCUGCAGUCCAUCCUGGCCAUCAUCCGCGCCAUGUCCACGCUGGGCAUCGACUACGCCGAGUCGGGCUACCUGAACCAGCUGGACAGGAUCACGGCCCCCGACAACCUACCCAAUGAGCAGGACGUGCUGCGGUCCCGCGUGAAGACCACGGGCAUCAUCGAGACCAAGUUCUCCGUUAAGGACCUCAACUUCAGGAUGUUCGACGUGGGCGGGCAGCGCUCGGAGCGUGGCGGGGCCGGGCCCGCGGGGCCGAGGCGGGAGAGCCGCUCCGACGCGUGCGUUUGCUUGCAGAACCGCAUGCACGAGUCCCUGCACCUCUUCAACAGCAUAUGCAACCACAAGUUCUUCGCCGCCACCUCCAUCAUCCUCUUCCUCAACAAGAAGGACCUUUUUGAGGAGAAGAUCAAGAAAGUCCACCUUAGCAUCUGCUUCCCCGAUUACGACGGUCCCAACACGUUCGAAGACGCUGGAAAUUACAUCAAGACCCAGUUCCUGGACCUGAACAUGCGGAAAGACGUCAAGGAAAUCUACAGCCACAUGACCUGUGCCACAGACACGCAGAACGUCAAGUUCGUCUUCGACGCCGUCACGGAUGUCAUCAUCAAAGAGAACCUCAAGGACUGCGGUCUCUUCUGAGCCCCGCGCGGCAGAAGAGACAACCACUUCUAUUCAGCAUCACCAUUCUGCUGAGCAGAACCAAA